GUGUAUAAUCCAGGAUGUAGGAUGGGGAAAGGGAAUCAAACCAUUAUCACAGAAUUCAUCCUCCUAGGCUUCCCCACCUCCAUGAACUUCCAACUUGUACUCUUCAUCAUUUUCUUACUGAACUACCUUUUGGUAUUGGCGGAGAACCUAAUCAUCAUGAUGGCCAUCUGGAUGAACAGAAACCUACACAAGCCCAUGUACUACUUCCUCUGUAAUUUGUCCUUCCUGGAGGUCUGGUACAUCACUGUCACCAUCCCCAAGAUGCUGUUGGACUUCCUUACUCAGAGCAAGCUUAUCUCCUUUGCUGGAUGCAUGACUCAGCUUUACUUCUUUGUCUCUCUAGCAUGCACUGAGUGUGUACUGCUGGCUGUAAUGGCCUAUGAUCGCUAUGUUGCCAUUUGCUUUCCACUACGUUAUUCAGUCAUUAUGAGCACGAGGCUCUGCUUCCAAUUGGCAGGUGGGUCAUGGAUCAGUGGUUUCACCAUCUCUGUUUUCAAGGUUUCUUUCAUUUCACAAUUAACAUUCUGUGGUUCCAACAUCAUCAACCACUUCUUCUGUGACAUCUCACCUGUGCUUAAUCUGGCCUGCACCGAUAUGUCAGUAGCUGAGCUGGUGGAUUUUGUACUAGCCAUAAUCAUACUGGUCCUUCCUCUCUGUGUGACUGUUCUGUCCUACAUCUACAUCAUCACCACCAUCCUUCACAUUCCUUCAGCCACUGGGCGCAACAAGGCUUUCUCUACCUGUGCCUCACACCUCACAGUUGUAAUAAUUUAUUAUACAGCCAUGAUCUUCAUGUAUGUGAGGCCCAAGGCCAUCACUUCCUAUGACUCCAACAAGCUAAUCUCAGCCAUCUAUGCUGUUCUGACUCCCAUGCUAAAUCCUUUCAUUUACUGCCUCAGGAAUAAAGAGGUCAAGAAGGCUAUUUGGAGAACAAUGGGUGGCAAGAUAAUCAUCUGA